AUGGUCAACAACUUGAUUUCAACGUUGGCGACGGCCCUUGCUGGCCUCACGCUCUGCGCCGCUCAAGAUAGCUAUACCAAUGAGACAGAUCCUUACUAUGGCCAAAGUCCAGCUGUCUACCCCACACCCGUGGGAAACGGAACGACCAAUGAGAAAUGGGCCACAGCGUACCAGCGCGCAAAGUCCCUCGCCGCUCAGAUGACAGUCGAGGAACUCGCAAACUUCACCCACGGCUGGGGUGGCCUCUGCACCGGCAACACAGGCUCCGUUCCUCGUCUCGGCAUCGAGCCCAUCUGCCUCCAAGACGGCCCCGAUGGCGUCCGCGCGCAGGAAUUUGUCUCGGCGUUCCCCUCCGGCAUCCACCUCGGCGCGACGUGGGACAGGAACCUCUCGUAUGCCUACGGCGAGGCCCUGGGCGCCGAGUUCCGCGGCAAGGGUAUCAAUGGUCUGAGUAAUGAUCCGUACCUGUCGUCUGUUGGCGUCGGUGGUAUUACCAAGGGCAUGCAGGACGCUGGAACCAUUGCGUGCCCGAAGCACUGGAUUCUCAACGAGCAGGAGUACCGCCGGAACCCAAGUGUUGAGGAAGGAGAGGCCGGAUCAUCCAAUGUUGACGAUAGGACGUUGCAUGAGCUCUAUGUUUUCCCGUUCAUGGAUGCGUUGAAGGAGGGCGCUGCGUCGGUUAUGUGCUCUUACAACCGCGCCAACAACUCGUACGGCUGCCAGAACUCCAAGUUGCUCAAUGGAGUUCUCAAGACUGAGCUCGGGUUUGAAGGGUUCGUUGUCAGCGAUUGGGGCGCACAACACGCCGGCGUGGCAACCGCAAACGCAGGUCUCGACCUGGUCAUGCCGAACGAAGCUUUCUGGGGCGCAUCCCUCGUCGAGGCAGUCAACAACGGCAGUGUCACCCGCGAGCGCGUCGAGGACAUGACGACAAGGAUCCUCGCGGCAUGGUAUUACAUCGGUCAGGACAGCGACGACUACCCCGCUGUCGGCGCCUACUCGAACCUUCAGAAGCACGCGCCCGUCGACGUGCAGAAUGGUCACAAGGCAAUCAUUCGCGAGAUCGGCGCCGCCGGUACAGUGCUCGUGAAGAACGUCAAUGGCACGUUGCCGUUCAAGAACCCUAAGUUCUUGACGGUGUACGGUUACGAUGCUACCUUGCCUCCCACACCGUGGGGCAGCACGAGCUAUGGCCCGUCAUGGGGUACCGUACUGGCGGAUACCUUCAAUGGGACAUUGCUUUCUGGCGGCGGCUCCGGAACGACGACGCCGCCGUAUGUUAUUACUCCUUUCCAGGCCAUCCAGGACCGUGUUAUUGCGGACGGCGGGGUGGUCAAGUGGGAUUUCUACUCUGAGAACCCGCAGCCCAACUACGUCAACUCGGAGGCAUGUCUGGUCUUUAUCAACGCGUGGGCUUCGGAAGGGUAUGACCGACCCAGCCUGACGGACGAAUUCAGCGAUAACUUGGUCAACAACGUCGCGGCCAACUGCUCCAACACGAUUGUCGUGCUGCACUCUGCCGGAACCCGCGUUGUCGAAGCCUGGGCAGACCACCCCAACGUGACAGCAAUCCUCUUCGCCGGCCUACCCGGGCAGGAAUCGGGCAACUCCCUCGUCGACAUCCUCUACGGCGACGUCAAUCCCAGCGGUAGACUCCCCUACACCGUCGCCCGCGCCGAGUCAGACUACGGAAACCUCCUCAACUCGACCGUCGAAGCAGGCCCGUUCCCACAGGACGAUUUCACCGAGGGCCUGUUCAUCGAUUACCGCGCCUUCGACCGCGACGGCAUCUCGCCUCGCUACGAAUUCGGCUUCGGGCUAUCGUAUACUACCUUUGGCUACUCUUCCCUCUCCGCGAGUCCCGCGUCGGGCGUGAGCGCCGGCGUGCCGGAUCCGAGCGUCGCGAUCGUGCAGGGCGGACACCCCGCCCUCUGGGAGGAAGUCGUCUCCGUGAGCGUGACGGUGCAGAAUACGGGCGGCGUGGGCGGUCACGAGGUCGCGCAGCUGUAUGUUGGUAUUCCCGUCGAGGGCACGCCCGCGAAGCAGUUGAGGGGCUUUGAGAGGGUGUAUGUCGAGGCAGGCGGGAGCGCGACGGUGGAGUUUGCGCUGACGAGGCGGGAUCUGAGCUUUUGGGAUGUGAGUGCGCAGCAGUGGCGGUUGAGUGAGGGUGAGUACGGUGUUUGGGUUGGGGCUAGUAGUCGGGAUUUGAGGGUGAAUGGGACAUUUACUAUUUGA